AUGCAGCAAGGUGACCAGUCGGUGUUGAGCUUGAGGCCUGGAGGUGGUCGUGGAGGAAGCAGACUCUUUGCCCCACGCUCAGCCUUAUCUUCCUCUUCUGAUGUUUCCUCUGAUCUUACCAAUGGCGGAGCUUCUUUUGCCGUUAAGAGGGGAGACUCAAGAUUUGAUGGUCGUGAGAUUUUGCGGUUCACCCGAGAACAGCUGCUUCAGCUUAAAGAGGCGAUGCAAGUCUCUGAAGAAAUCCUGAAGCUAAAUCAGGAAAUUUCAUCUGAUCUUUUUGGCGAAGAGCAGAGCUGGGGCCGUUCCGAAAUUAAGCCUGCAGUUCAAGUUCAGAAUCGUUACUCAGAGCCUGAUAACCGCGAUUGGCAUAGUCGUGCACCAAUUCCGUCUCCAAGUAAAGAGAGGUCUAGGGAAGACCAGCGCGAUGCGCAUACUGGACCAAUCCAAGCGUCUGGCCCUCCUCCUGCCCUGGUGAAAGCAGAGGUCCCAUGGUCAGCUAGAAGAGGAACUCUUUCGGAAAAGGACCAAGUCCUUAAGACCGUGAAAGGUAUCCUGAACAAGAUGACUCCUGAGAAAUACGAUCUCCUGAAAGGUCAAUUAAUUGACUCUGGCAUCACCACUGCUGAUAUCUUAAAGGGAGUGAUACAGCUGAUUUUUGAGAAGGCCGUACUAGAGCCCACGUUUUGUCAGAUGUAUGCUCUCUUGUGUUUUGAUAUCAAUGGAAAGCUCCCUUCCUUCCCAUCGGAGGAAGCCGGCGGCAAAGAAGUAACAUUCAAGAGAGUGCUUUUGAAUAAUUGCCAAGAACAAUUUGAAGGCGCUGACAAAUUGAAGGAAGAAGUCAGACUGAUGACUGAUCCAUCGCAAGAAAUGGAACGCAGGGACAAGGAAAGGAUGGCAAAGCUUCGAACACUGGGAAACAUCCGUUUAAUUGGUGAACUUCUGAAGCAGAAGAUGGUGCCCGAGAAGAUUGUUCAUCACAUCGUCCAAGAGCUUUUAGGAGCAGACAAUAAAGCUUGCCCAGCAGAGGAAGAUGUAGAGGCUCUCUGUCAAUUUUUCAUCACCAUUGGAAAACAACUCGAUGAGAGCCCAAGAUCACGAGGUAUAAACGACAUGUACUUCGUUCGUUUGAAGGAACUAGCAAUGCACCCGAUGCUAGCGCCACGCAUGCGAUUCAUGGUCCGUAAUGUUGUUGAUCUGCGAGCUAACAAUUGGGUACCAAGGCGUGAGGAGAUGAAAGCCAAGAAAAUCACUGAGAUUCAUUCUGAGGCAGAAAGGAAUCUUGGCUUGCGCCCUGGUGCAAUGGCAAACAUGAGAAAUAACAACAACCGUGGUGGUGGUUCGGAUGCUGGUGCAGCUGAGAUUCUUGGUUCUGGAAACUUCUUGGGACGUUCUGGUACUGGAGGAAUGAUGCCUGGGAUGCCAGGGGCUAGGAAGAUGCCGGGGAUGCCUGGAAAGGAUGAUGACGGCUGGGAGAUGGCACGGUCCCGCUCCAUGCCAAGAGGCAAUAGGCAGAAUCCUCACCCCGCAGGGCGUGUUCAGUCUCCGGUUAUCAUCGACAAGUCGCUCUCGGUUAAUUCAAGACUGCUUCCUCAGGGCAGUGGAGGUCUCCUGAAUGGUAGACCAAGCGCCCUUUUGCAAGGUAGUGGUGCUGAGUUGCCUAAAACUGUUCCUGCCCCGACCAAACCAACUGUGGAGAAGCCACAGGCACAGCCACAGGCACAGCCACAGUCACAGGAGGCGGCUACUCCUUUGGCUACUAGCUUGAACUCAGAAUUGCUGAGCAGAAAAACGCACUCGCUUUUGGAGGAAUUUUUCAAUGUCCGUCUAUAUGAUGAGGCGUUGCAAUGCGUAGAGGAACUGAAAUCCCCGUCUUACCAUCCCGAGCUCGUGAAGGAAGCUAUCUCCCUCGGAUUAGACAAAAACCCACCGUGCGUUGAACCAGUGGCGGAACUCUUGAAAUAUUUGGUGUCGAAGAACGUUCUAACUCGUGAAGACAUAGGGAGUGGUUGUCUGCUCUACGGGUCUAUGGUCGAUGACAUUGGGAUCGAUCUGCCAAAGGCACCGAGCAACUUUGGGGAGAUCCUUGGGAGUUUGGUGAUGGCCAACGCAUCUGAUUUUGUGGUGGUGAAGGAGGUUCUAGUGAAGAUGGAGGAUGAGUGGUUCAAGAAAGCAGUCUUGGAAGCUGUGAUAAAGUGUGUAAGCGAGCCUCUGUUGGCUACGCAAGCAGCAGAAGUCGAGGCUUGCCGUAGUUUGGUGUAA